UGAAAAAAACAUUUCAUGGAGAAGGAGGAGGAAAGGUAGAACUCCACAGACCAAAAGCCUGGACCCAGAAUGGAUAUAAAGCCAGAGGGACUGGGGCAGGAGCUGUUGUGGGGAGAGGCUCACCUCCGGCAGCUGUGGGAGAGACAGUUUAUCCCCUACCAAGAUGAAGUUGCUGCUUCUGUGUCUGGGGCUGACCUUAUUCUGCACCCACGGAGAAGGCAAUGGUGUCGUGAGAAGAAACUUUGAUCUAGCAAAGAUUUCAGGGAAGUGGUACUCUGUUCUCUUGGCCUCCGACAAAAAGGAAACCAUAGAAGAAGGUGGUAGCAUGAGGGUUUUUGUGGAAUCCAUCCAGGCCUUGAAGAACUCUUCUGUUUUCUUUAAAUUCCAUACACGAGUGAACGGAGAAUGCACUGAAGUGUCUUUGGUCUCAGACAAACAGGGUGACGGUGUGUACACUGUUGAAUAUGAUGGCUAUAAUAAGUUCCGCAUAGUUGAGACAGACCCCAGUAGCUAUAUUAUAUUUCAGCUCCGGAAUUUCAACAAUGGGGAAACCUUUCAACUGCUGGAGCUCUAUGCCCGAGAACCAGAUGUGAGUCCAAAUCUCAAGGAAAAGUUUCGAGAAUUUAGUCAAAAAAAUGGAGUUGUUCAAACCGUAUUGGACCUGACCAAUGUUGAUCGCUGUCUCCAGGCCCGAAGUGAAGAGUAGGCUACGUGUUCAGUGCUGAGUGAACGCUUCCCUACUUGGACUCCGGCAGUGCCAUCUCAUGACAAACUAUGUGACCUGCUCACCGUGACUCUCACGUAUGAAGGUGUCACUCUGAAGAUCUCCAGAUUGACCCUAAUUACCUGAAAACGUUUAUCGACUCACCAGCAAGCAAAGGCUUUCCCUGAAUCUCUCUGAUUGCUAUACUUAGAGCAACUGUAUACAAAUAAGAUCCUCCCCUACCUGUUCAAUAAAUAAGUAGCCUUGCA